CCGGCGUGGUUGUCUGAGUGUGCUGAGACUUCAUAAGAAGAUGACAACGCUGAGAGCUUUCACGUGUGAUGAUCUGUUUCGAUUUAAUAACAUCAACUUGGAUCCACUAACUGAGACUUAUGGCAUUCCUUUUUACCUGCAGUAUUUGGCACACUGGCCCGAAUAUUUUAUUGUUGCAGAGGCACCAGGUGGAGAACUCAUGGGCUACAUAAUGGGAAAAGCCGAGGGUUCAGUAGCACGAGAGGAAUGGCAUGGGCACGUCACUGCUCUGUCUGUUGCUCCAGAAUUCCGACGUCUUGGGCUGGCAGCUAAACUGAUGGAAUUACUAGAAGAAAUUUCUGAAAGAAAAGGAGGAUUUUUUGUUGAUUUGUUUGUAAGAGUCUCCAAUCAAGUUGCAGUGAAUAUGUACAAGCAGCUGGGAUACAGUGUCUAUCGAACUGUCAUAGAGUAUUACUCAGCCAGCAAUGGGGAGCCGGAUGAAGAUGCGUACGACAUGAGAAAAGCUCUAUCAAGAGACACAGAGAAGAAGUCUAUCGUACCUCUACCACAUCCUGUGAGACCAGAAGACAUUGAAUAACCUUAGCUGUGGUUCUUGGGCAGAAUCGUAAGGGGACAGUUCAUCUAUACAUUCUAUAAAGCAGAAACAGCCAGCAUGAGGCUCUCUAGUCUGUACUCACAACUAACUGAGAACUGAAGUUCAGUAAAUGGUUAGACACACAUAAUCACUGUUCUAUUCAUUUAUACAAUAAACCGGCUUGAUCUUCUGUCUUAGGACAAAGCCUAGUCAGGAAAGUUCUACCCAGCCAGUUAUUUUCUCUAGGCUUAUUGCUGGCCCAAUGAGGAGGGCCAUACGCUUUUUCAAAAGGCCAUUCAUAGCUUGCUGGGGAGUUGUGCCUUUUAUGUACAAAAUCUUUUUUUUAAAAUACUGAUGAAUAAUACAUAUGAAUGUGAAUUUUCUAUCUGAAAUUGUUGCCAUUCUUCCAGCCAUGUACUGUCUGUCUCUAACAUAAAAGUGCAGUAUUAGUGAGAUGUUUCUAUAGCCCUUUAUGGCUGGAACAAUGGCAACAUUUUGAGAUAGACAUCUUACUUGGACUAUUGUGAAUGCAGUACAGGUAUGGGACCUGUUAUCCAGAAUUCUCGGGACCUGUUUUUUUUUGUUUUUUUUGGAUAACUGAUGUUUCUGUAAUUUGGAUCUUCAUACCUUAAAGGGGAACUAUCACGAAAAUUUAAAUUUAAUAUAUGCUUCAUCAUACUGAAAUAAGAAACUUUCUAAAAAAACAAUCAAUUAAAUUCUGCAUUGGUUCUGAAAUAAUCAGGUUUAUAUUCACUAUUCCUCUCAGCAUCUGUUUCUCUUCAUUCUUUCUUCAUGCAGGAAUUUGGUGUCAGAUGAAUGAUUCAAUAUAUCUUAUAGGGGGGGGGCACUUUCCUAGCAGAUGUAUUAGAGCUCACUCAAAUAAGUACAAACAAAAUAACUUUUGCACAAAUUCUGCAUGUAGAGAGACAUGGUGUCUGUGAUUUAAAUAAAGUGAGCUCUAAUACAUCUUCUAGGCAAAAACGAGCCCCCCUAUAAGAUAUUGGAUCAUUCAUCUGACACCCAACUGCUGUAUGAAGACAGAAUGAAGAGAAACAGAUGCUGAGAGAGGGGUAUUAAAGAUAAACUUGACUUUCAGAAAAGGUACAGAAUUUUUAAUUGACUGCAUUUAAAAAGUUUCUUAUUUCAGUAUGCUGAAGCUUAUAUUAAGUUUUCAUUUUCACAAUAGUUCCUUUUUUAAGUCUACUAGAAAAUCAUGUAAACAUUAAAUAAACCCAAUAGGCUGGUUUUGCUUCCAAUAAGGCCUAUUUAUAUCUUAGUUGAGAUCAAGUACAAGCUACUGUUUUUAUUACAGAGAAAAAAAAAGAUACUUUUUAAAAAGAUGGAUUAUUUGAUUAUAAUGGAGUCUAUGGGAGACUGUUUCUGUAAUUCUGAACUUUCUGGAUAAGCUUUUCUGGAUAACGGAUCCCAUACCUGUAUAUAGGAAACCUUACAUAAGAUAUUAAAAUUGGUCAGACGUUUUCCUUUGUUGCUAUGAUGAAGUAGUAAGAUUAUCACAGAGUCUUUUUAUUUGGUUGGAAUGUAAAGUCCCUGCUGCACUAAGAGCAAUGUAUAGAUGUCAUUCCGUACCUUUGCCUUAGAACCCAGUGUAAAUCGGAUUCCUGUAAUGUAACUUCCAUGGAUGGCUGCAUUGCAUUGUCUGUGCUGUUCUGUAGUGCUCAGGUGCUACAAGGUUAUGACGCUAUAAAUGGCUGAUGGGGCAUAUGUAGACAGAAUAAAAUGUGCUGCUGUUUGAAUCUAUA